CCGUCAGUAUCAUCGCGCAGGUUGAACGUGGAAAAUUCAGUGCAGUGUGACAAUGCCGCAGGCCUUGAGUGAAUUCCUGAGCGACAGAGACAAAGCCGUGCUCGAUUCCAUCUUCAACCCCUUCCAAAUUGGCGGCGGAGCCGAGCAGGGCGUGGAUUGGAACUUCGACGAGGGCCUCUCGGAUGACGUUCAGGAUCCGUACGAGGAGCCGACGCCGGAAGUGCAGGAGUCCGUGAGGAGGGAAAUACAGGCGAUCAAGUUGGCAGAGUGUGGAGAUUUGGCCAAAGCUGUUGAUGUUUUCUCUAGCGCCAUAGAGGUGGCGCCAACGCGGCGUGCGCCAUGGAACAAUCGAGCACAGGCUUAUCGACUUCUCGGGAACGAUCAAGCUGCUCUCGCUGAUCUUGAGAUGGCUCUUCAGUUGUCUGGCGGCACAGGUCGGACAGGAUGUCGCGCCCUGUGCCAGCGAGGUCUUCUUCAUCGCAAGAAUGGCGACGACGAUGCCGCUCGCGAUGACUUUAAGGCCGCCACAAAUCUCGGGAGCAAGUUCGCUCGUGGCCAACUGAUCGAGAUGAAUCCGUACGCGGCGCUGUGCAAUCAAAUGCUGCGCGACGCUUUCCAGAAGCUCUCAUGAGAAGGGGGCCGAAGAAGAGCACGAAUAAAUCACACUUAAUCA